UGUUGUGUGUCUGUGUGUGUUGUUUCUUGUUGUGUGUCUGUGUGUGUUGUUUCUUGUUGUGUGUCUGUGUGUGUUGUUUCUUGUUGUGUGUCUGUGUGUGUUGUUUCUUGUUGUGUGUCUGUGUUUGUUGUUUUUUGUUGUGUGUCUGUGUGUGUUGUUUCUUGUUGUGUGUCUGUGUUUGUUGUUUUUUGUUGUGUGUCUGUGUGUGUGCUGUUAUUACAGCUUAUACUCCCCUUUCGGGAUCAUCCAGUGGUCUUUGAGAUGAACAGAAGGGCCAUAGACAUUAUCACAGCGUUCCAGGAAGAAGUAAAAGAGAAGAAAAAAGAAAUGGAAAAAAAGAACAAAAAAGAGGAAAAAAAGGAAGAGGAGAAGGAGGAAGAGGAAAAGGAUGAAGGGGAGGAAGAAAAAAAGGAAGAGAAUGUGGAAGGGGAAGAAGAAGAAAAGGAAGAGAAGGAGGAAGAAGAAAAGGAAGAGAAGAAGGAAGAAAAAGAGGAGAAGGAUAAAGAGGAGAAAGAUGAAGAGGUAAUAGAAGAAGAGGAGGAAAUAACAUGCUGCCUGUGGUGUUGUAUACCAACUAGAGCCUUCAUCAGCAGCGUAACAAACUUUUUCUUUACCAUUGCCACCCAAGAUAAAAGGACUCCCUUAAGUGGAUUCUGGAGGAGGCGCUGUUAGAGAUGUUAUCAAUAGGUAUUACCUUUCCUCCAUUCCCAGAAGCUCACUUCUGGUUUGGUCUGUACUCCUCCUGAUAACUUCUGGUAUGAAAAGGGAGAGCCAAGAUGGUAGAGCAGGUACUAUGCUGUAGUCUUCCCAUGCAGCUGAAACCAGUGACAGUAAAUGUAUGCAACAUUGUGUGUACAUUGGCUACCACAUGGAGGUGUGGUAUCGCCCGCAUAUGGUGACUAGAACACAGUACUUGACCCACCAUCUCAGGCCCCCCCCCCCCUCCCCUUUAUUCCAGGUGAUAAGUCAACAGGAACAGAGAACAACCUUGAAGUGAGCCACUGGGAACCGGGGAAAGAAUGCCAUUUUAGAUGCUGAGAUAACCUCUUUAAUAUGUAGAGGCAAAUGAGGCGCCAUUAGUAUUAGGAGGGUACAUUUGCCUCAUAAGGGGUAGGAGGAGACCCCCUUUAAGAUCAAAGACUGGAGGAAAAGACUUCCUUGAGACCAGUGGAGUCUGGAGGAGGCGCUGUUAAAGAGGUAAUCAAGAAAGCUGAAAAGGUAUGACCCUUUCUCGCUUCCUAGCAGCUCUUUUCUGGUUUGGUCCAGACUCAUCCUGAUACCUUCUGGUUUGAAAAUGGAGGGCCGAGAUGGGAAAGCAGGUAGCAUGCUGCAGUCGUCACAUGCAGGCGAAAUCAGUGGUAGCGAAUGUAUGCAACAUCGUGUGUACAUUGGCUACCACAGAGGCCUGGUUUUGCCUGCAUGUGGUGACCACAACACAUUACCUGACCCCUUAUUUCAGCCACCCCCUUUAUUCCAGGUGAGAAGGUUUCGGGAUGAGAAGAGACCAAACUGGAAAAGAGCCACAGGAGUGUGGGGAAAGUUUAUGCCAUUUUAGCUCUUCUGAUAACCCCUUUAACAUAUAGAGGCAAAUGAGGCUACUUUAACAUCAGGAGGAUUCAUUUGCCUCAUAAGGGGUAGGAGGAGACCCCCUUUAAGAUCAAAGACUGGAGGACAGGACUCUCUUAAGACCAGUGGAGUCUGGAGGAGGUGCUGUUAAAGAGGUUAUCAAGACAGCUGAAAAGGUAUGACCUUACCUCGCUUCCUAGCAGCUCUUUUCUGGUUUGGUCAAGACUCGUCCAGAUACCUUCUAGUUUGAAAGGGAGGGCCGAGAUGGGAGAGCAGGUAGCAUGUUGCAGUCGUCACAUGCAGGCAAAAUCAGUGGCAGCAAAUGUAUGCAACAACGGGUGUGCAUUGGCUACCACAGAGGCCUGGUUUUGCCUGCAUGUGGUGACCACAACACCCCACCAAUCAGACAUCUUAUCCCCUAUCCUAUUUACAUUUUGCGUGUUAUCUCCUCUCAUUUUAAGAGUCAUAACCUUUUUAUAUAUUUUUUUCAUCCACAGACCCAUAUGAGGUCUUGUUUUUUGUACUUUGUAAAGACACUUUCCAUUUUUUCUGGGAUAUGAUGUGACCAAAAAUCAAAUUUUAGACCUUUGGUGUUUUUUUAUAAUAGGUAUAU